GGUGCCCGGCAUAUAGUAACAACUCAAUAAACAGUAACUAUCAAGGUUUCAGCCAGUUCUCAUCUGUGCAAUUGUAUUAUUUCUGUAGAAGGAGGAACAUACAUUAACAAAAUACCUAGAGAGGUGAAAGAAAAGAAGUUAAAAGAAUAAUGACUUAAAUCUGCCAAAAUCAAGAAGAAACUACCAGUGAGGCAGUAACUGUUCGCAAAGUGCCAUGACCUACCCUCCUCAACUCCACCGAUUUUCUACCCAAUUUUCCUUUACCUUGUUCCCUCAAACUAAAGUAUUUCCCUAUGUACAUCUCAAAUCUCCAUGUUAUUUAGCCCAAGGAUACAAUGCAGUUUUAGAAAUUACAACCUUUGUUGUAUUUCCUUUCUUAUAUUUAGAACUCGCAGCAUUUGACCCAAUACCCAUUUAUUUUUUGAAAGCCCAUGUGGGAGCUAAUUGACUUUCCAGGAAGUUCUUUGCCAAUCCUCCCCCAAGAAGGUUUCUCCUGUGUUUGUAUCUGGUAGCAAUUCUACAGUUUUCAACAUUUGGAACUCUGGUAUUAUAAUUGUGCUUCAAGUAUCUACACAGAAAUGGUCUGUUUCAUCAUCCCCUGAGCUCGGCCUGUGUGUGGAUGUGACAUUCCAGUGGAAGGAAGCCAAGAGCCUAUAGAAGCGAUCCUGGGGAAAAUUUAAGCAGCUGUGGCUGUGUAAUUCAAAACCUCUGAAAAGUGUGCUGCAGUCCGUGCACAGCAUUAGUAUAACAUGAGGGCUGGAUGUAGCCCGUCCUCCGGAGGACUUCCUUGCCCGCUGCAGGAAAGAGAAGAUUGAAAGACAAACCUGGGUGCAGCCGGAAAGGUCCAAAUAGAUGAGCUUGUGGCAUCCAUCCCCUAAAUUCAGGGACUGCAUCGAACCUCAGCUGGGUCUCAUCGUUCCGAAUUGUAUUAGUUAAGAUUACCCAAGCUUGCAUUUCAAAGGAAUACUUUCAUCGUUCCCUCUGUCACCCCAAGUAAUUGGGGCCAGCUGGAUGUCAGGAUGCGCGUGGUUACGGUGGUAAUUCUGCUCUUCUUUUGUAAAGCCGCGGAGCUCCGCAAGGCCAGCCCCGGGGGCUCGAGAAGCCGAAUGAAUCAUGGCCGGGCGGGUGGGAGCAGGAGAGGCUCCAACCCCGUCAAACGCUACGCGCCAGGCCUCCCCUGCGAAGUGUACACGUAUCUUCACGAGAAGUACUUAGAUUGUCAAGAAAGAAAACUAGUGUACGUGCUGCCUGACUGGCCUCAGGAUUUGCUGCAUAUGCUGUUAGCAAGGAACAAGAUCCGCAUACUGAAGAACAAGAUGUUCUCCAAGUUUAAGAGGCUGAAAAGCCUGGAUCUGCAGCAGAAUGAGAUCUCCAAAAUUGAGAGUGAGGCUUUCUUUGGUUUAAAUAAACUUACUACUCUCCUCCUGCAGCACAACCAAAUCAAAGUCUUGACAGAGGAAGUGUUCAUUUAUACGCCUCUCCUGAGCUACCUGCGUCUCUAUGACAACCCCUGGCACUGUACUUGUGAGAUGGAAACGCUUAUUUCAAUGUUGCAGAUUCCAAGAAACCGGAAUUUGGGGAACUAUGCCAAGUGCGAAAGGCCACAAGAUCUGAAAAACAAAAAGCUGCGGCAGAUAAAAUCUGAACAGUUAUGCAAUGAAGAAGAAAGGGAACAAUUAGACCCGAAACCCCAAGUGUCAGGGAGACCCCCAGUCAUCAAGCCCGAGGUGGACUCGACUCUUUGCUACAAUUACGUGUUUCCCAUACAAACGCUGGACUGCAAACGGAAAGAGCUGAAGAAAGUUCCAAACAACAUCCCUCCAGACAUUGUUAAACUUGAUUUGUCAUACAAUAAAAUCAACCAGCUUCGACCCAAGGAGUUUGAAGAUGUUCAUGAGCUAAAAAAAUUAAACCUCAGCAGCAAUGGCAUUGAAUUCAUAGAUCCUGCUGCUUUUUUAGGACUCACACAUUUAGAAGAGUUAGAUUUAUCAAACAACAGUCUACAAAACUUUGACUAUGGCGUAUUAGAAGACUUGUAUUUUUUGAAACUCUUGUGGCUCAGAGAUAACCCUUGGAGAUGUGACUACAAUAUCCACUACCUCUACUACUGGUUAAAGCACCACUACAACGUCCACUAUAACGGCCUGGAAUGCAAGAUGCCUGAAGAAUACAAAGGGUGGUUUGUGGGAAAAUAUGUUCGCAGUUACUUUGAAGAAUGCCCCAAAGACAAAUUACCAGCCUACCCUGAGACAUUUGAUCAGGAUCCGGAAGAUGAUGAAUGGGAGAAGAUUCAUAGGGAUCACACAGCCAAGAAGCAAAGUGUAAGAAUCACUAUAGUGGGAUAACUUAGGAAUUGUUUUGGUUGCAACUGGUUUUGAAUUUGCUAUACCGGUGUCAGAAAACCAUAUGUUUACAUUUUGAUUAACUGUGUUGCCUAUUUAUGCAGGGUUAUCCAGUUACAGGAAGGUUCCCUUAAUUAUUAUUUUUAUUGUGAGAAAUUCUAGCAACCAAGGGAAUACUUCCAUCCCACUUGCCUGCCUGUUUGCAGACCGGCCUUUGGUGACGGUUCCACACUGGUAAACUGCGGGAGUUGGGUCCUAAUGAUGGCAUUGGAAUUUCAUAACAUCCUGUAUAUAUGUUUUUACUGCCUUUUGAAAAUAAAAUUUUAAAAAACUUGGUC